AUGGCUCGAACAACAUCACAAUCGACGACCCGCAGGGCGUUAUGCUUGGGAGCGAUGUUGAUGACGGGAGUCAUGGGCGAUCAGAUCCUGACGACGACUGGUUUUACCGACUGCGGAAGCUUGCCUUCCAUCACGAUUCAGCAACUCAGCAUCACUUACGACAACGACGCCAAGACCGUCACAUUCGACAUUGAGGGAGUCAGCACUAUUAGCGAGAAUGUCACAGCGAGUCUCGACGUCACGGCUUACGGUGUCAACGCAUUCACAAACAGCUUCAACCCCUGCGAUCCAAAGACGUUCGUAAACGAAUUGUGCCCAUUGCCCAAUGGACCUUUUACUGCUCGCGGAGUUCAGCAAGUCCCAGCCCAAUAUGCUUCCAUGAUUCCAGCAAUUGCUUUCUCUGUCCCAGAUAUCUCUGCACAGGCAGUUAUGAAGCUGGAUAGGCAGUCUGACAAGGGCAUGGUAGCCUGUAUCUCCGCCGAGGUAACCAAUGGAAAAACCAUGAGCGUGCCAGCUGUUUCCUACGUGGCUGCGGGAAUCGCCGGUGUAUCUCUCGUUGCCAGCGGCAUGACUGCAAUUGGUUCGGCCAUGUCUGGAGGCGCCGCAGGCUCUGGUGUUGGAGUCGCCAGCAUUAGCCCUAGCUUCACAGACGUGGCUGGAUGGUUCCAAGGCAUGGCCAUGAACGGUAUGCUCUCAGUCAACUAUCCCCCCGUCUACCGCAGCUUCGCAAAGAACUUUGCCUUCUCUGUCGGCCUCAUUCCAUGGAACGGUCUGUUGACCGGUAUCGACAACUUCCGAGCCAACACUGGCGGUAACCUUACCGAAGACAGUGUCGCAUACCUAAGAAAUCUCACCAGAGCCCUUGAAUCCGGCAACCAGACAAGCAGCUCAGAUACGGGUGCUCUUGCAAGGCUCGUGCGCCGUGACGACGAUGUUACCAUCACGGGCCACGUCACUCAGACAAUCUCAGGCAUCAAGAAGUUUGCAGAGUCGUUGAGCGUGCCAAAAUCAGACGUUUUCAUGACUGCACUUCUUGUCGUUGCCAUCAUCAUUGCUGCCAUCGUCGCGGGUAUCUUGCUAGUCAAAGUCAUUCUCGAAGCCUGGUCUCUGUAUGGUAAAUUUCCUGAGUCUCUUAUCGGAUUCCGCAACCAUUACUGGAGAUCCAUUGCUCGAACAAUCACUUCUCUUAUCCUGCUUCUAUAUGGAAUCUGGGUACUGUACUGCGUCUUCCAAUUCACCCUCGGUGACUCUUGGGCGGCCAAGGUGCUGGCUGCUCUUUCUCUUGCAAUUUUCACUGGCAUCCUCGCCUUCUUUGGAUUCAAAAUCUGGAUUACGGCACACAGGCUUAAAGCUCAGCAUGGCGAUGCUAGUAAGCUCUAUGAGGAGAAGGAAAACUGGAUCAAGUAUUCUAUGUUUUAUGAGGCCUAUCAAAAGAGCUACUGGUGGCUUUUCAUCCCCAUGAUUGCCUAUACGUUUAUCAAGGGUUGUAUUGUUGCCGCGGGAGAUGGCCAUGGUAUGGCUCAAACCAUUGUCAGCUUCAUUGUCGAGUUGGCAAUGCUGGCCCUCUUGGUUUUCACACGCCCCUUUGAGCGCCGCUCCAGCACGAUGAUUAAUAUUUUCAUUGCGGUAGUCCGUGUGCUAUCUGUUAUUUGCGUUUUUGUCUUUGUCGACGAAUUCAAUGUUGAGCAGACGACACAAACCGUCAUGGGCGCCGUCAUGAUCGCUAUUCAGUCUACAUUGACUGUUGCGCUUGCACUCCUUGUUGGAUGGAAUGCUAUUAAUGCUACCAUCAAGAUGAACCCUCACCGCAAGCGCAGAAAGGAUAUGGAGAAAUUGCGUGAAGAAUCGGAUGAUCUGACGCCUCUCGAUGCCCGCAAUACUAUGCUCAUUCAAUCAAAGGCUGACUUG